CCUAGAACCGACAAAUCCCAACCAACCUCAAUAGGCCGCUACGGCAUGCAGUAGCAGAAGAGAUCUACGACCCUCGGCCCCAAUGGCUGCGGUUCAUCAAUCAACCUCCUUCGUACAGUAUGCAACCUGCAACAGCCGAUCCAGAUACCCAACACGAUGUCCAUGUCAUGUUAUUGGACUAUCUCCUGUGCAUCAACAUAUCUAGAAUCCUCCACUCCAAGAAAGUAGAGAACGAAGAACUGGACUGUGAUUGGGAUCUCAAUAUCGGGUGGCUGGUCGAUACGAUUGAGACUUCGUCUUCCGAAGAAAUUACCAAUGACCUACGAAUCAAGAUCCAGCUCUUGAAUGUCAUCACUGCAUUCUACCGCUACACAGGGCCGGAUCAAAACAUCGUCUCCGAUGCUCAACUGCCGCCUUUACACACAGAGUUCCAAUCAAUAACAGCAACGGGCGCCUCGCGUGCUGUCACAAAGGCCGCGGCAGAAUUCGAGACCCUAUGCAACGUCGCGCACGCCAUAGUGUCGGAAUCAAGAAAAGCGGAGAUAACAGCCCAAUUCAUCGCACAAGCCGCACUCGAGGAGUACCAACUGUCCGGGGGAGUGGAUCCGAGCAAAUACCUUACCUGGGCUUCUGAGGCGCUAGGCCAGACACCCGAUUUGCGACAGUCGACUGUCAAGUUUGUGGCUUCCCUAGUAGACAAAGCCUCAUGUACGGACCACCAGGAGGGCCUACUCACGGAGAAUGGCGCCCGCCAAUUUGAGGCCUAUCUGUUGGAGUUUGUGUCAGAUUUGAUGCAGGUUUUGGAACCGCCAAUCCUCAUACAGCUCGAAAGAGGGGCACUAUCUGGAAUGAGCCGCGAAGAGACACAAUUGUUGAAACAUAAGGUAGGAAUGCGAUAAGAACACAGUUUUAUAUGCAUACAUAAAGUUUAUAUACUAUGUAUGAGAACAGAAUUGUGACGACGAACUUGCAAUUUCACCAGCAA